AUGUGUCUGAACACUGGCUUUCCGUGCAACUGUUUGAACGACGCCAAUGCCUGUGAACCAUGCAGGAUGAUGGCAAAAGACAGGGAGAGAGAGGAGGCUCACCUAUCCAACAACAUCAACGGGCCGGGUCAAGCGGGGAGCACAUGUGAACCCGACCUGAACAUCUCUUCUGGUGGAGUCGUGAAAGAGCGGGGUCGAAACUGGGGAUGGGUGGUGUCUGGGAUCAUUUGUGUAAACAUUUUGAUCCUCGGCUGUGCCUUGGUUAGCGGCACUGCCUACAACAAUGCAGACAUCACCAUCGCUGAGCUGCAGGUUGUCGUCAUCAUCCUCCUCCUUCUGACCUCCAUCUGGAUGCUUUAUUAUACCAUCUAUAUGGCCAGGAAAGAAAAUGCUGUCGUUUACAAGGAUGGCCAUGCCGGACCUGUAUGGCUCAGGGGAGGACUUGUGAUUUUUGGACUCCUCAGUAUUAUCAUGGACCUUUUCAAGAUAUGCAGCUAUGUGGGCUACCUCCACUGCGAGUCCGCUGUUAAAGUGGUAUUCCCUGUGAUGCAGCUUGUUUUUACACUUGUGCAGACAUACUUUUUGUGGGUCCAUGCCAAGGACUGUGUCCAGCUACAAAAGAAUGUUACACGCUGUGGCAUGAUGCUCACCCUCUCCACAAAUCUAAUUGUGUGGAUGACAGAGGUCAUGGAGGAGUCCUUCCACCAAACAACGAUUCCCAGCUAUCCGAGCAACACCACUAAACUUUCUGGACGAAGCAUGUACAUUAACAAAGCGGAUUAUGGAGACCAAAAUUGCAAGUGCAGCCACUCUUCGUGUAGCAUCUUCAAGGAGGCCUACUACUACUUGUAUCCCUUCAACAUAGAGUACAGUCUUUUUGCCUCUACCAUGGCCUACGUCUUGUGGAAAAAUGUUGGUAGAGUAGUAGUCGAACACAGCCACCACCCCCACACCAAAUUCCAUGUGAAAGAUGUGUUUCUCGGUCCAGUGGCAGGCGUUCUCUUGGUGGUGGCGGGUCUGGUAACCUUCAUAUUAUAUGAGAUGGAAAUUCAGAAAGUCAAUAAUGACAAAAACAAUAAAGACAACGCAGUGAUGAUGCACUUUAUCAUGAAUAUAGUGAUAGUAGCCCUGAUGUCUGUCUUCACUGUGAUCGGCUGUGUCAUCUACAAGGUGGACCACAGGGAGCAUGUAUUGGAGAAAAACCCCACGCGCAGCCUGGAUGUGGGGCUGCUGGUGGGAGCCUCACUGGGACAGUUCAUGAUCAGCUAUUUCACCAUCGUAGCCACGGUUGCAACUGGAGCCAAAGGCUACCUGAACAGGCUCAGCCUGUCUUGUGCUGUCCUCAUGGUGAUCCAACUUGGCCUGCAGAACUUUUUCAUCAUCGAAGGUCUGCAUCGGGAGCCCUUCCACGAGGUGCACCCCAUCACUGUGGUUGCGAAUCCGUAUGUGCUGGAGCCAAGCACAGAUCUGAAAAGCAGUGAAGGAUCAGAAAUGGACACAAAUCCCAGCCCAGUACCCACAGCGCACAACCUGCACGACCACACAGCUGAGCACAGACUGUCGUGGAAGAGACGAGUGUUGAAGGAGGUCUGUGCGUUUCUGCUGCUGAGCAACAUCAUACUGUGGAUCAUGCCGGCAUUCGGUGCUCGUCCCCAGUUUGACCACAGCAAUGAAACUGAAUUUUACAAAUUCAGCACGUGGGCUGCUGUUGUGAAUGUUGGACUUCCUUUUGGCAUCUUUUACCGCAUGCAUUCAGUCGCCAGUCUGUUUGAGGUUUUUCUGACCUCAUAA